UCAAACCAGAUCUCAGAAGGUGGUAAAAGAAUGGGCAAGAGAAGAGCAAAUGGGAUUAUCCUUUUAUGCCUUCAACUCUUGGCAUGUUUAUUUGAAAGCAGAGGUGAUGGAAGAGAGAAGAUGAGAGGGAUGUUUAUAUUCGGAAGCUCGUUGGUGGACAACGGCAACAACAACUUCCUUCAAGACUCUUUGGCUAAAGCUGAUUUCUUUCCGUACGGAAUAGACUUCCCCGGCGGACCAUCUGGUCGGUUUACCAACGGGAAAAAUGUCGUCGACCUGCUGGCUGAAAUGCUUAAGCUCCCCCGUCUUAUUCCACCCUUCUCCGAUCCUUCAACUAAGGGAAGCAGAGUGAUUCAUGGCGUCAACUUCGCCUCUGGUGCCUCUGGUAUAUUGGACGAAACCGGUUUUGUUGCGCGGCAAGUGAUAACCCUAAAUCAACAAAUAAGGAACUUCGAGGACAUUACACUGCCGGAACUGAAAAAACAGCUGGGGUGCAAAAGAGGGAGCAGUGAGUUGAUUAAAAACUACAUGUUCGUGGUGGGAACCGGAGGGAACGACUAUUCCUUCAACUAUUUUCUCAGAAGAGGCGACAACAACCCCACCCUUCAAGCUUUCACUGCCAAUCUCACCAGCUCCCUUUCCCUCCAACUCAAGAAGCUGUACACAUUAGGAGCAAGGAAGUUCGUGUUGAUGUCCGUAAACCCGCUGGGAUGUUACCCGAUGUUGAAAACACGGCGUAACGGGAGCAGCUGCAUCGAAGCUCUGAACCAGGCGGCGACGCUCUUCAACGACGGGUUGAAAUCGUUGAUAGAUGUGGCUAAAUCCGACAUGCAAAAUUCAAGUCUUGUUUUUGUCAACUCCUACAAGAUCAUAAGCGACAUAAUCGAAAACCCUUCCACCAAAGGCUUCAAAGAUGCAAACAAUGAAUGCUGUGAAGUGGUGCCAUCGGCACAGUUAGGAGGGAGUGGGACAUUAUGCAUGCCAGGAGGGAAGAUAUGUAGCGACAGAAGUGCUCAUGUGUUCUUCGAUGGGCUUCAUCCCACGGAAGCAGUGAAUGUAGAAAUAGCAACGAAGGCUUUCACUUCCUAUCUUCAAACCGAAGUUUAUCCCAUUAAUGUUUAUCAACUUGCCAAGCUUAAGCAUUAGGUUUAGAUUUCUAUGCAUCAGUUGUAUAUCUAGCCCUGGAUUUUAUCUCUCAGC